GGCUUUCGAGUUUCGCCAUAUUCGUUGCCUAAAUCCAACUUCCAAGAGUCGAGUCGAGUGGAGUCGAUGGCAAUGGCUUCAACUCUGCAAGGAGUUUUCGUAGACACCAACUUGGGCACUCGGUUAGCCAUCGAUGUCUCUCGCGAUAUCACAGCAAGGGACUUCAAGAGGGAAUUUGAGAGAGAGCACUUCAAAUGUUUCUCCAAAUCAGGAGAGAUCCAAGUUUCUGCACUGAUGGUAGAGCGAAAAUCAUGCUUGUAUCACCUGGCUGAUUCAAUGACUAUAAAGAGUGUUUUCCAGAAAGUGGAUGGAACAUGGUUUCUUCAUGCAGAAGUGAGAGCUUUGAGUGAUUGUAGUAGGCCAUGUUUGCAUAACUAUUUGGCCUCAAAUGUGGUUGAUCAUGUAUUUGAAGGUAGUGAUGUAUCUCAUCCUUCUAAUCCAGAAAAUUUUGUUAUGAGCACUGCUAAGAGUAUUACAAAAGGCAAUUGUAAGAGGUGGAGAGGAAAAAGAAUUCGACGUCAACAACCUUUACUAGGAAAGCUUGGGAAACUUUUCUACUUCGCAAAGAAAAGGAAGAGAAGAAAGAAUAUUCAUUUGCCAGCAGAAGUGGAUCAAACUGGAAUGGAAAUCGUUGGUGUUGAUGAUACUGCAGUUCCUACGCACAUUGAUGAGAACAAGACUGCUCUUAAUGAUUGUGCAUCUAGUAAAGAAGUUGAGCCAGCUGAAGAAAUGGCUUCCAUAUUGAGGAGAGAUGAGCUCACUGUGACUUCAUCAGAAGCAGUAGUAUCUGUAUCUGGUAUCAUCAAUAAAUACUUUUUGAAUCUCAGUGAGGAUGGCGGUGAUGUAAGUCCUACAACUUCAGUUACAUCAAGAGUUCAUAGUUCCUCCAAACAACACUUGAAGACUAAAGUAGGUGAUAUUUGUUCCAGCCGACAAGUUACUCCCUCUGCCUCAAGGUCCUCAACCAAGUUUUCUGCCAAAAAUUUGUUACCUCGGCCAUCGCCAUCACCAACUAACUUUGGGGGAAGAAGAUACAAGCAUGAUAAACCUGAAGUUGGGAAGCGUCUUGUCAUGGCCUCAUAUAGUCUCGGGAUUUCUCCAAAGAAAAACAAUCUUAAUGUUGAGCCAAGUAGCGAAUUAGUGACGUCCUUUGGAUUAUUUGUGUGGACGAUAAUUCUUCAAAUGUACUAAGAUGCAGAGAAUGGACACGAUGGAGUGAACAAGGCUGAACAUUGGUUAACAGAUAUUGCAACUGCCAAGGUCAGUUCCUUUGACCAGAGACUGGCUUACACUGAAAUUGCCAGUUGAGAAGUUGAAGUCUAUUGAUAAAAAUAAAAAAAUAACAACUUAAUGUCUCACACGAAACAAUGGCAGCAAUAUUUGCAGUAGAGAGAAAAUCAAUUGACACUGGUGAGUUGUCAAAACAAGCAGUUAUUGAGAUCACCCAGAAUAUUAUGUCCCGCUAA